GUAAGUACGCGCGGUCGCGCGGAGGGAGAAUCCCCCGACCAUAAAAAGUUGGCGAGAUCCUCGUCUCCGCGAGGCCGCGCGCAACGAGCCUUGGCGACUCGCUUCGCCGUCGCGAGAAGAGAGCCCGAUCCCGCGUCCGUGGCGCCCGAGACCGCCGAGGCGAGAGAAACCGUCGGCGUAUCGCGUCGGCGCCCGUCGGUCGUGCGCGCCGCGGGAUGAGCGUUUAAUCGCGCGCGUGCGGCGCCAGCGAGAGCAAGCACGAGCGAGCGAGCGAGAGAAGGAAAAAGAUGUCGAGAGCCGCUGACAGGCAGAGCUAUGCGCAGACCUACAAGCUCGUCGUCGUGGGUGGGGGCGGUGUCGGAAAAUCGGCGAUCACGAUACAAUUCAUCCAAAGUUAUUUCGUGACCGAUUACGAUCCAACGAUCGAGGAUUCCUACACGAAGCAGUGCGUCAUCGACGAUGUGCCAGCCAAGCUCGACAUACUGGACACUGCCGGCCAAGAGGAGUUCAGUGCGAUGCGCGAACAAUACAUGAGAAGCGGCGAGGGCUUCCUCCUCGUGUUUGCCGUCACCGAUCACUCGUCUUUCGACGAGAUAUUAAAGUUUCACAGGCAGAUACUUCGGGUGAAGGAUCGAGAUGAGUUUCCCAUGCUGAUGGUUGGAAAUAAAGCAGAUUUGGAUCAUCAUAGGAGCGUAUCAAUUGAGGAGGCACAAAAUAUGGCGCGUCAAUUGAAGAUUCCAUACAUUGAGUGCAGCGCCAAGUUACGGAUGAACGUCGACCAAGCUUUCCACGAGCUGGUGCGAAUCGUCAGAAAGUUUCAACUGUCGGAACGACCACCGCUGAAGCCAAAUUACAAGAAGAACAAGAAGAAAUGUUGCAUGCUGUAAUGACAAAAAUGUUUAUCCUGACAGACGAUUUACCGGACUGAUCGGACCGUAUUUUUUGGUGGUGAGUUCUCAUUCGGGGAGGAAACAGGAAAAGGUAAUGGAAUCAAACUGGCACGAAGAGAGAUUGGAAAUUUUGAGACACCUUGUCGGGAAUAGUUUACACUUCCGCGUAAAUAAAAUAUUCUUUCUCGUGUUUAGGAUUGGAAACUACGCGGAUUUCGAUAUCGAUUACAAACUGCCAACUUUGCGAGAAGUUUACUGAUAAUGAUUACCGCAUGUGCUUUUCUAACUAUCGCGCUAGAAGAUUUUAUCGACGAUUUUCGUCGACGUUUACCGCGACGGUAACGAUAAUAUGAUUAAUUGUUAUGUGACAGUAAAAUAACUUUUUAAUGCCAUCGUACUACUGUUCAAUUUGUAAUAUAUAGAGUUUAAUGGAAAAUGACUUUUCUUCUAUAUAUAGCAGGCCAAUUUUCGUCUCGCACAAAUAUCAGAAGCAACGACAAAUAUAAAUGAACUAUUUUUAUAAUAAAUUUUGCUGAAAGAACAUGGUACAAACUUCUACUCGCCGAGUAAAACAGUUAUCCGUAAUGCGAUGUAUUGCUUAAGACAAUACAUUUGGAUGAUUGAGCGUAUUAUGAUAUAAUUGGGUUUAUAUCGUAUAUGGACAACCGUCCACGGAUCCACAGGGUCCCAGGGUCUUCACAGAUUUGCUUCCGCUCACUGCUGAUCGUCUGGUAUAUUAAUGAUCUCGAAUUGCGGUAAAACACAAAUUGAAGCAAAUAGAAAAACAGAUUUUACCUAACAACGGCGCAAAUUCGUACAAUAUAUAUAUUUAUAUGACCAAUAUUUUGAAAUGUAAAGGGAAUGUUUUAUAUAUACAUACUAAGAACAGAAUAAUUAUAAUUCUCAAAUGUAGAAUAUGCUUUUGCUAUUCAUCUCUCAUUUUAGGAAAAUACUCUAGUUAGAAAUAUUAGUUGAAACACCUUACUUUUAUUCACGCAUAUAAUUCAACGAAUACAUGCCGGCAAUUGUUAGUGUGUACGAUAUCUAAGAGAUGCAUUCGAUCAAAGCAGUUGGAUGAAUAUUUUGUAAUGACGAUUUGGACACAACCACUGUCUGUACUCAGCCACUUGUCGAAAAUACUCCUGCUAUUAUUAGCAACGUUCUAAUUCGUCUUCCUCUAGGUUGAGUCAUAAUGUCUAAUUAUGAAAAUCAAAAUAGUGCAGUGAUAUUGAACGAAACGAACAAAAUAUCAAAUGCAAAUUUACAUUCGAUUUAUGUCUAUGAGAAUUAUUUAAAUUGUUUUUUAUCUCUAUGUCUACACACAACACUUAGUGAUUGAAAUUUUGUGCAAAAUAUAAUAAUACAAUCAGAAUGGGGCCAAUAACAUUUUUAAUGCAGAUGAUCUUGUAAUUAGCAAUAUAUUAAUGCUAUAUACUCCACAAGUUCCAAUUAGCACGCUGCGUUUAAACUCUAGUUUUGAGACAUUGAAGCAAAAUUAAUAGUUUUAAUAUUUAGUUACAUAUAUCUUCUCUUAUAUUGAUUAUUAAAUGUCUUCCAAUGUAAUUAUUCUUUAUGCAUAUAACUUUAUUUAAUGUUGUGUCUACUUUAUCAAAAACAAAGUUACGAUGUUCUACGUAAUUUUAAUGAAAUUUUAAUCUUUUAUCAUUUUCAGCUUAACGAGAAGAAAAAUUUGGAACUUAUAAAUAUUUUUAAAACGUAAAAUUAUAUUACUCUUCUCUUUUCUGUUAAGUAAAUUUGUUCUUAUUUAUCUGUUUACAGAGUGGUACUUGUAAUAAUGUGAUGUAAUAAUGUGCCUAUUGUUAAAAAUGCUAUAUUUGUGGAGAGAUAUGAAAAUGUGUUCAGCUAGUUUCGGUUUCACCAACAACGAGAAAUAUUUUUGCUCGUUUAACUCUUUCAAGUUUCGAGAGAAUCAAUUCGUUACUGGUGAUACCGAGAGGUACUAAUAAUGAUACUAAUAAUAAUACUAGCUUUAAUAACGUAGAAAAUAAUAUUUUACAAUAGAUAUAUAUUAUACAAUAUUAUAAGCCUACAAAACGACACUUUAUAACAAAAAUUACAAAAUUUUUGCGACGAUAUGGUAUCAUACUUAACAAUAAUAAUUUAUACAAAUGUGUAUUUUAUGAAAUGUUACUUAUAUCAUUUACGAAACUCCAAGAAUCGAAUAAGAAAUUCCAUUUAUUUUUGUAACAGUAUAUUUAUAUGUUUAUAAAAAUAAUGUCUAUAGCGAACUGAUUUUUAGAUUCAAUCUAUGUUUGUUAACUUCUGUAAACCAAAUAAUGCGAAUGUAAUAAAAUUAAUUGUUAUUAUGUUC